AUGCGACCUUUCGAUCGAGAUAUCGGCAUCCUGAAGAACUCUUACUACGAACACGAUAUUAAUUACGCUUUAGCAGUGUGUCGAUGGGUUCUAAGGCCUAUUGGCAUGUGGUCCGUAAUUUACAGGCAUACCAACAAAUUGGAAAAACUAGUUUCGUUCGGAUCGCUAAUAACUUGUUUCUCUUGCCUCCUUUUCUUCAUCGUACCUUGCGGUCACUAUAUGUUAUUCGAAGAGAAUGGAAAAGUUAAGGAGAGAUUGAUCGCACCGAUAAUCUUUUGCCUGGCAUCAACGAUCAAGUACUGCUAUCUCGUCUUGAGAGGAACGGUUCUCGGCCGUUGCAUUGUACACAUAGAGACAGACUGGAAACGUGUGAAAAACUCGAGUCAUCGUGACAUCAUGCUGCAGGAGGUGUCCAUUAGCAGAAAUCUAUGCACCUUAUGCGCUGCUUUUCUUUAUACCGCCGGAUUGUCGUAUCACACCAUAAUGCCGUUAUUAUCCAAAGGAAAGGCGAAGGGAAAUGGCACCAAAAAAUCGUUAGCUUAUCCUGUCUACGAUGCAUUCGUUGAUACUCAAUCAAGUCCCACUUACGAAAUCAUAUUUUCUAUUCAAUUCUUUACCAGUCUUAUAAGGUACAGCAUUACUCUCGGCGUGUUCAGUCUGCUAGUGCUUUGCGUAACUCAUAUCUGCGGACAGAUACAGAUACAAAUAUCACGAUUGGAGCUUUUGAUCGAGGAUAUGCAUAAGAGAAAGUCCAAACGUAACUCUUUGGCCAUUAUUGUUCAAAAUCAUGCCGAGAUCUUAAGAUUCUCUAAGAACAUUGAAGUUACGUUGGACGAAAUAUGCUUGACCCAAAUCACCGAGUCUACAUUGCUUAUUAGCUUGCUCUCGUACUAUUGCUUGAAGUCGACCGCGCGUAUCGAAGUUGCAAACAUGCGUGAUCGAUCGCGCAAUGAAGAUGUAAAACUCGUGAAAAAUCCUAAUUAUGAAAAGGAUAUUAAUUAUACCCUACAAAAAUGUCGAUGGAUUUUGAAGCUGACUGGGAUUUGGCCGCUCGUAUAUAGUCGUACCAGCAAGCUGGAAAAAGUUGUUUCAACCGUAUUACUCGUAACGUGGUUAUCCUAUUUGGUCUUCUCUCUCAUUCCUCCUGGUCGGUACAUGAUUUACGAAGAGAAGAGCCUGUACAAGAGAUUAAAAUUGAUGGGCCCGUUUACUUUUACCAUUUCGUCCACGAUCAAGUACUGUUAUCUCAUUCUGAAGAGAACCAUUUUCGGACGGUGCAUCGUCCAAAUUGAGAAAAAUUGGAAGAUGGUUCAGAAUCCAAUUCACCGCGCCAUUAUGUUAAGAAACGCUUCCACCAGCAGAAAUCUCAGCAUGUUGUGCGCAAUGUUCCUUUAUGCUGCUGGAUUAACGUUUCACACGAUAGUGCCGGUCUUCUCCAAAAAGCCCUUGAAACGAAAUCACACUGUGAGACCGUUAAUUAUGCCUGGUUACGAUGCAUUCUUCGACACUCAGUCUAGUCCAAACUACGAGAUCAUAUAUGGCAUUCAGUGUAUCGCCGGCUUUCUAAGGUACAGCAUUACGAUAGCUGCGUUCAGUUUGGCUGUGAUUUUUGUAACGCAUAUCUGCGGUCAAAUCCAGAUACAAAUCGCACGUUUGGAAGAUUUUGCUCAUAGGAAGGGUAAUUGUUAUAAACAACUGGACAUCGUUAUUCGAGAUCACGCAGAUACUUUAAAAUUUUCUAAGAACGUUGAAGAUACUUUGUGCGAAAUAUGUUUAACUCAGAUCGUGGAGUCAACACUACAUAUAUGUUUGCUUGAAUACUACUUAUUGAAGGAGUGGGAGAAUAGUGACGCUGUUGCGAUAUCAACAUACUCCAUUUAUCUAGUUUCCUUCACUUUCAAUACGUAUAUAUUUUGCUACAUAGGAGAAAUUCUUUCCGACCAGUGUAGCCAAAUUGGUCCAGCCUCUUACAACAUCGACUGGUACAAUUUACCGCCAAAGAAAGCUUGCGAUCUUAUUCUCAUGAACGCAAUAUCACUCUACCCACCAAAACUUUCGGGCGGAAAAAUCGCCGUAUUAUGCCUGAAUACCUUCGGCGCCGUGAGUACCAUCGUCCGAAGUAAUUUAACUCGUCUUGGAAACGAUGAUUGA